CGGCUGCGGGCCGGCGGCGCUGAGGAGGGCGCGAGCGACGAGCCUCUCUGAGGGGCGGCAGCGGCGGCGGCGGCGCAUCCCGCGCGACCCUCGGGGAAGAGCCGCGCCGGGGCAGCCCGCGCCCGCUCCCGGGAACUCGGCCGCGCAUCCCCAGGCGCAGGGGGCGGCGGCGGCGGCGGCGAGGUCCGAGGAGGCGUCCGGGGGCGGCGCGGCCGAGCGGACACCAUGAAGUUGCUGCUGCUGCUGCUGCUGCUGCUCCGGCCGGGCGCGGGGGGGGCGCAGUCCUGCCCGCCGCCCUGCUCCUGCUCCGGCCCCAGCGUGGACUGCCACGGGCUGGCGCUGCGGAGCGUCCCCCGGAACCUGCCCCGCCACGCCGAGCGGCUGGAUCUCAAUGGAAAUAAUAUCACAAGGAUCACAAGAACGGAUUUUGCUGGUCUAAGACACCUUCGUGUUCUUCAACUCAUGGAAAACAAGAUUACUACAAUUGAGAGAGGAGCUUUUCAAGACUUAAAGGAGUUGGAGAGACUGAGGCUAAAUAGAAAUAAUCUUCAACUUCUCUCUGAGUUGCUGUUUCUCGGGACACCCAAACUCUACAGACUGGACCUCAGUGAAAACCAGAUACAUGCCAUCCCAAGGAAGGCUUUCCGUGGAGCUGUUGACAUUAAAAAUCUGCAACUGGAUUUCAACCAGAUCAGCUGCAUCGAAGAUGGAGCAUUCAGAGCCCUACGGGAUCUGGAAGUCCUCACUCUCAACAAUAACAACAUCACACGACUCUCGGUGGCCAGUUUCAACCAUAUGCCCAAACUGCGAACCUUCCGCCUUCACUCAAACAGCCUGCAGUGUGAUUGCCACUUGGCUUGGUUAUCCGACUGGCUACGUCAACGACCCCGAGUUGGCCUUUACACUCAGUGUACGGCCCCGUUACACUUGCGAGGACAUAACAUAGCUGAGGUGCAGAAACGAGAAUUCAUCUGCAGCGAUGAGGAAGAAGGUCACCAGUCUUUUAUGGCUCCCUCCUGUAGUGUGUUGCACUGCCCCGCUGCCUGUACCUGUAGUAACAACAUUGUGGAUUGCAGAGGAAAAGGCCUGGCUGAAAUCCCCACCAACCUUCCAGAAACCAUUACAGAAAUACGAUUGGAACAAAAUUCAAUCAAGGCCAUUCCUGCAGGAGCUUUCUCACCCUAUAAAAAGCUGAGACGAAUUGAUCUGAGCAAUAAUCAAAUCUCAGAGGUCGCCCCUGACGCCUUCCAGGGUCUUCGCUCACUUAAUUCCCUGGUUCUCUAUGGAAACAAAAUUACUGAACUUCCCAAGAGCCUUUUUGAAGGGCUUUUCGCUCUUCAGUUGCUAUUAUUAAAUGCAAACAAGAUAAACUGCCUGCGAGUGGACGCUUUCCAAGACUUACAUAAUUUGAAUCUACUUUCUUUGUAUGACAACAAGCUUCAGACUAUUGCAAAGGGCACUUUUGCUCCUCUCCGAGCAAUUCAGACGCUGCAUUUGGCUCAGAACCCAUUUAUCUGUGACUGUCAUCUGAAGUGGCUGGCAGAUUAUCUCCAUGUAAACCCCAUUGAGACCAGCGGUGCCCGCUGUGCCAGCCCCCGCCGUUUGGCGAACAAAAGGAUUGGGCAGAUCAAAAGCAAGAAGUUUCGCUGUUCAGCUAAAGAACAAUAUUUCAUUCCAGGCACAGAAGAUUACCGAUCCAAACUGAGCGGCAAUUGCUUUGCGGACUUAGCUUGCCCUGAAAAAUGCCGUUGCGAAGGCACCACGGUGGAUUGUUCCAGUCAGAAGCUCAGCAGGAUUCCCGAGCAUCUCCCUCAGUAUACGGCAGAAUUGAGACUCAAUAACAAUGAAUUUACAGUGCUGGAAGCCACGGGGAUUUUCAAGAAGCUUCCCCAGCUGCGUAAAAUAAAUCUAAGCAAUAACAAGAUCACUGACAUUGAGGAAGGCGUAUUCGAAGGAGCUGCUGGCGUCAAUGAACUUCUGCUAACCAGUAACCGGCUGGAAAAUGUACGACACAAAAUGUUGAAAGGCCUGGAAAGCCUGAAGACUUUAAUGCUAAGGAGCAACCGUAUCAGCUGUGUGAGCAAUGACAGCUUCACAGGAUUGGGUUCUGUCCGGCUGCUUUCCUUGUACGAUAACCAGAUAACCACCGUAGCUCCCGGUGCCUUCGAUACUCUUCAUUCUCUCUCCACGCUAAACCUCUUAGCCAACCCCUUCAAUUGCAACUGCCACUUAGCCUGGUUGGGAGAGUGGUUGCGGAAGAAACGCAUUGUGACCGGCAACCCCCGGUGCCAGAAGCCGUACUUCCUCAAGGAGAUUCCCAUACAGGACGUCGCCAUUCAGGACUUCACCUGUGAAGAUGGGAACGACGAAAGCAGCUGCUCCCCCGUGUCCCGCUGUCCAGCCGAGUGCGCGUGUCUGGAUACUGUAGUUCGUUGCAGUAACAAAGGACUGAAAACUCUGCCGAAAGCCAUCCCAAAAGAGGUUACCGAACUUUAUUUAGAUGGAAACCAGUUUACCCUUGUUCCCAAAGAAUUAUCAAACUACAAGCACUUAACUUUGAUAGAUUUAAGCAACAACAGAAUCAGCACUCUCUCAAACCAGAGUUUCAGCAACAUGACUCAGCUGCUCACUUUAAUUCUCAGUUACAAUCGGCUCAGAUGUAUUCCAACACGGACUUUUGAUGGCUUAAGAUCCCUUAGACUGCUGUCUUUACAUGGCAAUGACAUCUCUGUUGUUCCUGGAGGUGCUUUUAAUGAUCUUUCAGCAUUAUCCCACCUAGCGAUUGGCGCGAACCCCCUCCACUGCGACUGCCACAUGCAGUGGCUCUCCGACUGGGUGAAGUCCGAAUACAAGGAGCCGGGCAUCGCCCGGUGCGUGGGCCCUGGAGAAAUGGCCGACAAACUCCUCCUCACAACGCCCUCCAAGAAGUUCACCUGCCCAGGUCCCGUGGAUGUCUCCAUUCUUGCCAAGUGUAGCCCCUGCUUAUCCAACCCCUGCAAAAACGAGGGCACUUGUAACAAUGACCCGGUGGAUUUCUACAGUUGUUCCUGUCCGUAUGGCUUCAAGGGUCGAGACUGUGAGGUUCUGAUCCAUGCCUGCAUCAGCAACCCAUGUAAAGAAGGGGGGACUUGCCACUUAAAAGAAGAUGAAAAGGAUGGAUUUUGGUGUGCUUGUGCAGACGGAUUUGAAGGGGCAAACUGUGAAGUGAACAUUGAUGAUUGUGAAGAUAACGAUUGCGAAAACAAUGCCACUUGCGUAGAUGGAAUAAACAACUACACUUGCCUUUGUCCACCAGAAUACACAGCUGCUAUUCUGAAUGAGGUGGAGAAAGGGGAGCUGUGUGAGGAGAAGCUGGAUUUCUGUGCCCAGGACCUGAACCCCUGCCAGCACCAGUCCAAGUGCAUCCUGACCCCAAAGGGAUACCAGUGUAGUUGCACACCUGGGUAUGUUGGUGAACACUGUGAUGUUGACUACGAUGACUGCCUGGAUAACAAAUGUAAAAAUGGAGCUCAGUGCACAGAUGCCAUCAAUGGUUACACCUGUACAUGCCCUGAAGGGUACAGUGGACUUUUCUGCGAGUUUUCGCCCCCGAUGGUCUUGCCUCGCACAAGCCCCUGUGAUCACUAUGAAUGUCAGAACGGGGCCCAGUGCAUCAUGAAGGCCAGCGAGCCCAGCUGCCACUGCCUGUCAGGUUAUCAGGGUGACCGAUGCGAAAAGCUGGUCAGCAUCAACUUUGUCAACAAAGAAACGUACCUGCAAAUUCCUUCGACAAAGCUUCUCUCCCACACCAACAUCACCCUCCAGAUUUCCACAGAUGAAGACAGUGGGAUCCUGCUGUAUAAAGGAGGGAAUGACCACAUCGCCAUGGAACUUUAUCGGGGACGGGUGAGGGUCAGUUAUGACGCAGGAUCAUACCCAGUCUCUGCCAUUUACAGCGUUGAGACCAUCAACGAUGGGAAGUUCCACAUGGUGGAGUUACUAGUUAUGGACCAGAUUCUGUCACUAUCCAUCGAUGGAGGAAACCCCAAAACCAUCACCAACCUGUCCAAGCAAUCCACUUUGAACUUCGACUCCCCGCUUUAUGUUGGAGGCUUGCCUGUGAAGAAAAACGUGGCCGCGUUGCCCCAGCCUCCAGGCCAAAAUGCCACCAGUUUCCACGGCUGCCUCCGAAAUCUCUUCAUCAACAGCGAGCUGCAAGAUUUUAGGAAUGUCCCGUUGCAAGUGGGGAUUCUCCCCGGCUGCGAGCCGUGUCUGAAGAAGGUCUGCGCUCACGGGACUUGCCAGGCAACGAGUCACUCCGGCUUCACCUGCCAGUGCGACGAGGGGUGGGCCGGCUCGCUUUGUGACCAGCAGUCCGGCAGCCCUUGCCUGGGGAACAAAUGUGUACAUGGUGCCUGCUUGCCAAUCAGUGCGUUUUCAUACAGUUGUAAAUGCCUGCAGGGAUACGGAGGCGCCCUCUGCGAUGAAGAUGGGGAGGUGUUUAACCCCUGCCAGCCCCUCCGAUGCAAACAUGGUCAAUGCAGGCUUUCAGGCCUUGGAAAACCAUAUUGCGAAUGCCGCAGCGGAUAUACUGGGGAGAGCUGCAAUAAAGAAAUCUCUUGCCGAGAGGAACGAAUCCGGGAUUAUUUCCAAAAGCAGCAAGGUUACGCCGCGUGCCAAACGACGGAGAAGGUUUUGAGACUGGAGUGUAAAGGGAGCUGUGAGAACGGACAGUGUUGCAGGCCUCUGAGAAGCAAAAAGAGGAAAUAUCUUUUUGAAUGCACCGACGGCUCCUCCUUCGUAGGCGAGGUGGAGAAAGUGGUCAGGUGCGGCUGCACCCAGCAGUGCCUCCCUUAAAAGCAGCCGGUCCUUUUCCCGCCCUGAUUUCCUUUUUGGAAAAUCCUGUACCAGCCGCUUCUUGGACUAAAGCAAGGCUUCAUAGCGGAUAUAUAUUGUAAAAUACAAAACAGGCUUAUUUUUAUUACGAGAAUCAAAGAACUGCUUCUUUAACUACAAAAAGCAAAGUCAAAUUGCUCAGAGGGACUUCUGGAAGCUCCAAGGACUUGAAGGAAGGAAAUACAUAUAUGUAAAAAAGAAAAGAAAAGACCCUGAUAAAAUUUUAACCGGGAUAGGAAAAUUUCAACGACUUUUAACACUCAACGUUCUUCAAGACACACUGAAGAUACAGACGCCCUUCGCUCAAUUAUCUUUCGGUUUGAUCCUUGCGUUGAGGAGAGAGAGAAUAUAAAGCUUUCCUUUUAUCUACUUUAACUAUAAGUUGGGGCAGAGGGACCCGCUUCACAUUGCUUUGGUUUUAUUUCCUUCACGAGACCGAGAAGACCGCUCUCCGAUGGAGGAGACUCCUUUUUACAAGUUGAAGAAGAAAAAAAAAAAAAGCGAUGCAUUUUGUACAGUGUAAAAAAAAAAAAAAGUUGAGAAAAUGAAGAGCUUUUGCUAAUUCACCAUUAUCCUAAGAUCUUCUAAUGCAUUUUUUAAAAAAAUGUUAGCAUGUUACAAAGACAGGAAAGGAAGAAAGCAUUUACCCGCCCUCUUACAGUAUUAAUUUCUUUUUGUAAUAUAAAUGAUAAGAUUGAUAAAAUAGAUUAUUGUUGAGAAAAUUAGAUAUAAUAACGGAGUUUUGUUUCUAUGAAUUCUGAACGGCUCUAUACAGUAUUCUGUUUAUUGAGAAAUAUUUAUUGUAUCAAAGUACACUGUACUUAACAUCUAGGCCAAUCUUUUUACUUUUUUCCCCCCAAUGCUUUAAUAUAUAUUAAUUUAUAUUUGUCCUGAUAUUUUUGUAUUUUCAGUUUUUUUUAAAAAGAGAGAGAGAGAAAAAAAAACCUUAAAAUCAGGAUAUUUGCAAUAGGACUAAUAUAGCAGAUUCUCACGGGAUAAAUAGAUUCGGUCUGGGUUAAUAUUUUUUACUGUAACAAGUACCAGCUGGUAUCCCUCAUAAGACCAGAGAUUGCACACAAUCUGAUUAUUUUCAUUAUAGCAAGGAAAGAUGACAACUCUCAAGUCUUUGUAAUAUAUAAGGAAAUUGUUUUUACAAUAGGUGGCAGAUGUUAUAGAUGUGAUUCUCCCCUUCCCCACCAAGUAUACGUUACUUUUCAGAAAAUGAAACUAUGUGUUGAAAAUGACACUAGGAGAUAGAUAUUUUCUAACUGAUGUUCCCUUGGAGUUUCGUACCUUUAAAAUGAAUAAAAGAGGCUGUAUUACCAUUUCCCCCAUUAUUAAAACUACUUUACACGCCCAAAUAUUUUUCCUUUGUUAACACGUUGCUGCUAAGUAUAACAUAGAAUUGGUAAUAAUUCUUUAUAGUGGGUUGUGUUCUUUUUUAGUAAAUCACGGGGUACCCUGUAAAAAGGGAGGUUUAACUUCUUUUAUACAAGGAAAAAGAUAGUUGUACAUGUGUAAUAUGGUGCUGCUUUGUCUAAUUUGGACUGGUAUCAGUAUCUUUACUGAUAUUUGUAAAUUAAACAGAUCUUUACCUCA